UCUGUCAAUCAUAACUGUUUUUGUGUACUAUUUUGCAAAUUGUUUUGAAUACCGUAAUGAUAUGGUUAUAAUUUAUCAAUAAUAGACAUAGAAAUGAGUGAUUUUGAAAACGCAACUGAAGCUGCAUCUCUUGCCGUACAAUUCGACCAGACGGGGCAAUCAGAAAAGGCAGUAGAAUGUUACCGUACAGCUGCAAGAUUAUUAGACAGGGUUUGUAACCAAUUUCUACCAGAAAGACAAACAGAAAUUCGAAAGAAAGUUAAGGAAUAUUUAGCUAGAGCGACAUUUUUGCAGGAACAAAAAGAAAAAGCGCAACAAGCAGACUGUGAGCGAGGUUUGCAGAAAUGUUACUUUCUAAUGCAGCAGGCACUUGAUGCCGAUGAGGCUAAUUUAAAGGACCUGGCUCUACAGCUGUACACACAAGCUGUGGAAUUGGCUGUUUCUGUUAAAUCAAGUGAUCCAGAUGUAAAAGCAAGAGUAAAAGGUUUAGCAGAACAAGCUCUGGAUAGAGCUGAAGAAAUUAAGGGAAUCAAGAAGAUGGGUGCCUUGUCUGUAAAUGAAGUAAAGAGACCUGUGAUAUCACCAAAAAGAGCGAAUCUCGAACGAGAGCAAAGCGUCCACCUAAAAGUUAGCGGUAAACAAGUGUACACAGAAGAAGAAAAAGCAGUGUUACGGCAGACAUCCAAUAUUAAUAACAACUGCUUCUACCCAUUUAUGGAUGUUGAUUUAUCAGAAAGGUUCCAAUAUGCUAUACCGUUUGAGGAUAGAGCGAGCGAGCUGACAUUGUCGUCGAAGCAGGCACAUGAAUUUGAUAGCUGGGUUCGGCCGCACGAAGUAUCGAUUGAUCCAAAAAUGAUCAUUGGUGAUCAUGUAGACUGCUUCAGUAUUAAGCAGACUAUAGUGUCGGAUUGUUCAUUUGUCGCGUCCUUGGCGGUGAGCGCACUUUACGAAAAGAGGUUUAAUAAGAAAAUUAUAACGUCUAUAAUUUAUCCAAAGAAUAAAAAUAAAGUUCCUGUAUAUAAUCCUUUCGGGAAGUACAUGGUUAAAUUGCAUCUCAAUGGAGUAAGGAGAAAGGUUAUAAUCGACGAUCGCUUGCCGUACAGCAAGUAUGGUCGACUUCUGUGUUCCUACUCUAGCAAUAAGAAUGAAUUCUGGGUGUCCAUGUUGGAAAAGGCGUAUAUGAAAGUGAUGGGCGGAUACGAUUUUCCGGGAUCUAAUAGCAACAUAGACUUACACGCUCUAACCGGUUGGAUACCGGAACGGUGCGCGAUCCGAGCGGGCGAAGCGGACUUCAACGCGGACGCGUUAUAUGAAAAACUACGGUCACGUCUGGAGAGUGGUGACGUGUUGGUGACGGUCGCUACGGGAGAGUUGGAUGACGCACAAGCGGAGAGAACUGGCCUCGUUGGAUCGCAUGCAUAUGCUGUGCUCGAUGUUAGGCAGGUUCAGGGGGUGCAACUCCUGAAGCUCAAGAACCCUUGGUCCCAUCUCCGCUGGAGGGGCAACUACAGCGAGUUGGACACAGCCCACUGGACCCCCACACUCCGGGCACAGUUGAACUAUGACCCUGAUAGUGCAGCCCAGUAUGAUAACGGGGUGUUUUGGAUAGACUAUGUUAGCAUACUGAAGUUCUUCGACGUGUUCUACUUGAACUGGAACCCGGAAUUGUUUCAGUAUACGUAUUGUAUACAUCAAAAAUGGGACGCCGGCAACGGUCCGGUACGCGACGCUUACAACGUCGGCGAGAACCCACAGUUUUCCCUCCACGUGCAAGGAAAGGGCGCUGUUUGGUUAUUAUUGACGAGACAUAUCACGCAAAUUGACGAUUUUAGGAAUAAUAAAGAAUAUAUUACACUGCUGGUAUAUAAGAAUGGACAGCGGGUGUAUUAUCCAUACGAUCCACCACCCUACAUAGACGGGAUUCGAAUCAACAGUCCCCACUACCUAUGCAAGAUUAUAAUGAGUGACACAAGCACGGACAAGUUCACAUUGGUUGUCUCGCAAUAUGAGAAGUCUAGAACAAUCUAUUAUACGCUAAGAGCGUAUGCUACUUGCCCGUUCUCGAUGGCUAAAAUUGAACCUUAUCCACAUAGGAAGACGAUAAGAGGAGACUGGGCGGGCAGAACAGCGGGGGGUUGUAUAAACCACCCUACCACCUACCCAAACAACCCCAAAUUCCUAAUCACUGUACCAGACAGUAUAACACCAUGUACUCUAGCCGCUGAGCUAAAAGGUCCAAAACAGUACCAAAUUGGGAUAGACGCGAGGGUGGAAUCGUUAGAUGACCCUAGUGUUACUGCGCCGUUCUUGAAGGAAUCUUCUGGAGCGUAUAGAGCGGGUUUUGUAGUACUAAUAUUACGGAACCUACCGGCGGGGAAGUACAUCCUCACCCCCUCCACUUUCUACCCGGGGGAGGAGGGGCCUUUCUUCCUGGAACUGAAGUCCACUUGUGAAGUUACUUGUGAACCCCUCAAUUAAGGGGGUUGAUUGUAUGAAUAUUGCAGGAGGGAGGGGGGUUGUGACGUGUUUGUGUAAAAAUUAUAGAUGAUUGGGGGGAUCUGACGUGUUGGUAUGGAAAUUCUAGGGGGGGAGGGAGCGUAACAUGUUACUAUGAAUUUAAAAAAGGGAGGGUGUUGUGACGUGUUUAUAUGAAGAUUGUAGGAGCGGAAGGGGGGGAGUUUUGUUGUUGCUUUGUAUGUUGUGACGUAUUUAUAUGAAGACUGGGGGAAAGGGGGGGGGGGCACUUUGCUUGUUGUUGCUUUGGAUUUGUUUGAGAUGUGCUUGUGUGCGUAUGUGUGAGGCUGUGAUUUGGUGGGUGCACUUGAUCGGGCAUAAAUUAGUUCGUUCAUCAUUUUCAUAUUGAAUUUGCGUUAUUGCAUACAUUGGAAAUACGUUUUUUGUACGGAGUACAAUAUCAUUUUUGAUACGUCAGUGUUGGGUUCGUAUUUUGUUCAAUUAGUUUUUAUGACUUAGGGCUGAUUUUUCAAUCGUUGGUUAAAACUUAUUCUUCGGAUAACGUAUUAAACUAACAUUUCAAAAAUGCAUUUUAAUUGUCCGGAUUUGACAGUUUUAAAAUUUUAACUAAGGAUUGAAAAAUUGGGCCUUACAUAGAAAAAUAUGUACAUUUUUAUAAUAUUCCUCAUUAAUAAUUACAUAAAAACAAGGCCUCAACUUAGUGCAUCUAUGAAAUCAUAGCUAGCUUUAUAGUGUCGUUACAGACGAAUUUAUUUUUGUAUUAAGAGAAAAAAAAAACUAACAGAGAAAAUUAUUUAUUAAAAAAAAUAUAUGUAUAAUCAAAUAUAGUUUGUAUAAGUAGUAUUUCAAGCGCAAAUAAUGCAUUUUUAAAUUUUAAUGAAAACAUUUUUAUUUUUAAGACUUUUCUAAGUCAUUUUAAUGAAUCUCUUGAGAUAUAAUGCAAGAUUUUGGUUUGUAUUCGCAUAUAGUUCAGGAUACAUCGCCCAUUUUUGCAAGUGACUACUAUCAAGCUGAUUUUCCGUUUGUAGCCUUAUUUUGAUGAGACACCGAAUAAUUUCGUGUACGAAACUC